AUGAGCGACCAACGACCAACGGCCAACGCGCAGACCUUUAGCGCAACGGGGACGACUGCGCCUGUGAUCCCGCCGCCAAAGAAGAAGAAGCAACCGUAUCCAUUCUGGCUUGGAGGCGUCGCGGCGUCUAUUGCAGCCAGUAUCACCCAUCCGCUCGACUUGACAAAAGUACGCCUCCAGGCGUCGGGAGACAAGUCGAUGAUCAAGUCACUCCAAAAGACGGUGCGCACUGCGGGCGUUCGGGGCCUCUUUGAUGGCAUUUCGGGGACGUUGAUGAGGCAAAUGAGUUACUCGCUAUGUCGUUUCUGGGCAUACGACGAAAGCAAGAAGCUCGUGGUCAAGGGCUCGAACCCUCCGGCGUGGCAAUUGGCCCUUGCGGGAAGUAUGGCCGGAGGUAUUGCUGGUGUCGUGGGGAACCCUGCCGAGAUUAUCAUGGUUCGCAUGCAAGGCGACUUUGCAAAACCACCAGAAAAGCGGCUAAACUACAAGAAUUGCUUUGACGGUCUCUUCAAGAUGGUCAGGGACGAGGGCGUUGGAUCUAUGGCCAGAGGCAUGGGUCCCAAUGUCGUCCGAGCCGUGCUCAUGAACGCAUCUCAACUUGCGUCUUAUGACUGGUUCAAGGCGCAAAUCCUACGAGGUGGAUACAUGGAGGACGGCUUUGGGUUGCACUUUACGGCCAGUUUUGCCGCGGGAACGGUCGCUACCACGGUCUGCUCUCCAGCUGACGUGCUCAAGUCGAGAAUCAUGAACGCCUCCGCUCCUGGGUCGACGUCGACAAUGCAAGCCAUCCGGACGGCGAUUGCCAACGAGGGACCCAUGUUCAUGUUCAAAGGCUGGGUACCCGCCUGGAUGCGUCUUCAACCCACGACCAUUCUUAUCUUUGUGACGUUUGAGCAGCUGAAGCGAGGAGUCGAUUGGUGGCGAGGAGACUAA